AAUGUGAUGUGCUAAAUGUUCAUGAUGCAGCUGGGGGGAAAAAGGGUUUUCAACACUUAUUAACAAAACAUCAACAGGCAAUUUAAAUAGAUUUUAAAAGACAAGCUGUAACUAAAACUGAGCUGCAGAAAUCAAUCCAACAACCAGCAAUGGAGGCGCGAGGGGCCCGGGGCCAACUAGGAGGUCAAGACCUGAAGGGUCAGGGGAUCGGCUUUGGCUUCCAUCCCCCUGGACUCCCGGCCAGCUCCAUCAUAACUGCAGUCCAGCAGCAGGACUAUUCGGCCAGCGUUUGGCUUCGCAGGAGGGAAAAACUCGAACACUCUCAGCAGAAGUGCAUUGUGAUAUUUGCCUUGGUGUGCUGCUUCGCUGUGCUUAUGGCGUUGAUUUUCUCGGCAGUGGAUAUCUGGGGAGAAGAUGAAGAAACGGAGGAAGAGUGUUCCAGUAACUGCAGCAUCGUGGUUGUGGAGAACAUCCCAGCGGACAUGAUGUUCUCAGACGACAGCGCCUCCCACCUACCUCUCUCCACGGGGCUCAACAGCUUACUGGACAAAGCUCGAGUCGCUGUGGAGAUUGUUUCCCCCGUGUGGUUCCUCGGCCCCUCUGAUUACGAGUCCAGCUUCUACCCUGCUGCUGGGCAGGGCAGGGCUCUGCUGUCCAGGCUGCAGGGACUGAAAGACAAAGGAAUCCAGCUGAAGAUCUCCACAGGAGACUUCGACUCAGCAGAGCUGAAGACGCUCGCAGACAAUCACGACGCCGAGGUUCAUGAGGUGAACAUGACGGCCCUGACCAAAGGCUUCCUCAAGUCGUCUUUCUGGGUCGUCGACCGGAAGCAUUUCUACAUCGGCAGCGCCGGCAUGGACUGGAGAUCUCUGACCACCAGAAAGGAGCUUGGUGUGGUGGUGUACGACUGCAAACCUCUGGCCCUGGACCUGCACAAGGUUUUUAGCCUCUACUGGGGGCUUCAGUAUAAAACCUCCAUCCCCACCUUUUGGUCCAAGCGUCUGUUUCCCUUCUUUAGCAGAGAGAAACCUGGAAGUCUCUUGGUUAACCAAACAAAAGUUGAAACCUACAUCUCCAGCUCACCAGAUGUUCUUAUCACUAAGGAUCGCAGCAGCGAUCUGAAAGCAAUCUCCGCAGUCAUCCAACAGGCCCGCCAUUUCAUUUACAUCUCCACUAUUGAUUACCUGCCCCUCCUCAACAUGCAACGCUCAAUGCAUGUGGAUUUCUCUGCACCAGAGCCAAGAUACUGGUCUCGUAUCGACGGCCUUUUAAGAGAGGCGCUGAUCUUGAGGAAGGUUCACGUCCGUCUGCUGAUAAGUUGCUGGGAAGAAACUCAUCCUCUUACUUUUAACUUCAUCUGGUCCCUGAAGAGCCUUUGUAUGGAGCAGGCCAACUGUUCCCUGGAAGCUAAGUUCUUCAACGUGCAGAGGGACAGCGGUCUCAGUGGAAUGAAUCAUAAUAGAUUUAUGGUUACAGACAAAGCCGUUUAUAUAGGCAACCUUGACUGGGUGGGGAAUGAGUUCACCUAUAACGCAGGAGCAGGCCUUGUGAUCAGUCAUCCAGCAAACGUGACAGAGAGGAACUCCACAGUGGUGGAGCAGCUACAGGCUGUUUUCAAGCGGGACUGGUUUUCACGUUAUGCCAACACAAUACAGACUAAUAAAAUCCCAGUCUGCAGCAAGCAACAGAUCAACAAGUCGGUGCUUUUUAAAUCCAGCCACAGAAACUAUGGACCCUUGCCAGGCCAACAUGACACUGGACCUGCACCACUGAGAAACCAUCCAAAAGCUGAGCGACCCACACCGGACAAAAUAGCACACAGUGAAGACAGGCUGAAAAAAAUCAACUCGCACAGCGUGGCCAGUGAACAUGGGCCAGUGAUGAUCGACCACCAAGAGAGGGCUGGAAUGAAAAUCAAAAUGAGUGACCUCGAUGACGAGCGUGCACAAGUAAAAGAUUGGGAGUUUAACAUUUCAGAGGAUCCGCCCAGCCGGUGGGCUGAAAGCAGCGGCUUCAGAGAGAUCUCCAAUGGAUCUCUGUGACGUGUAAAGGCCGAUUCUGUCACUGAACUUUUGUAGCAUUUUAAUAUUGUCCUUUCUGAGUAAAAGAUUUAAGCAUAUAAAUCUGGCAGAUAUUCUCACAUAUCUUCGUGACAUCCCGGGAUGUCACGAAGGACAUGGGUUGGAUUCCACAGAGACAUAAAACAAAUAUACUUGUCACAUAUUUAACCAAUUCUCAGUCAAAGAAUGUAAGUGAAGUUAAACCGAUUGCCUGAAUAUGCACUAUAAGAUGUUUUUGGCAGUCAUACCUUAAUGCCCUUUACAAGGGGGAAAAAAACACCUGCAUGCCUUUGCAGAGACAGGAAGAGGUGCACAAUGUGCAGCUAUAACAGCUAUAUCUAUUUGGUAGCUCUCCAAAAUAGAUAAGCUUUAUAAUAAUUGCCUUUUUUGUAAAUACUUUUGUUAAUAUCCAGUAAUACUUUUAGAGAGAACACAUUUCUAACUAAAAAAAAAAAAACCCACAUUGCUCCAUUUAUGGGAAAAAAAGACACUAAUGUGGCUCUGCCCAGACAAUGCUUUUAGUCCUCAUAAUGGAAAUAACUCCAUUAAAUUGAUUUUGAAUACUGACCCAAAGCAAAGGAACUGAAGACCUAAAGGCUUUUUAAAAAAGGAUAUCCAUCAGGGUUUAGUCGGUUGCAAGUUACUGGAAACCACAUAAGACUGUAUGCAUCAAAGUGAAUUGUAAUACUGACACUGACACAGAUUUAAAUGAUAUAAGCAUUUGCACAAUUUUCUUGUUGCAUUGCUACUACUGAAACCCUCUCACUAUUCUCCCCCACCCCCAGACACCCCCUCACACGCACACACACACAUACACACACACAAGAGAUACAAUUUGGUAUUUCUCAUUGUGGACAAUGGUCUUUUACUUUGAAGGGCUCCCGACAAAGAAAAGUUACUCUUCUUUUAUUCCGAUAUCCCAACCAAGCAGGAGGAAUAGUGCAUUUCUAUUGUCUCUUCCCAAACACAGCAUUGUAACCAGGGUGCACACAGAAAAAAAGGGGGGACACUUGGAUCUCUGCUUUACACUGAAUCAAUGUGAUUAAUUUUUAACCAAGCUGACAGCUGAAGUAGCUGCUGUGGACCCUGAAGGACAUGUUGGACUGUGACGUCAUCCCUGAACCCUACCUGCCUUCUCUUUAACGUAGUCAUAGCUGUGCUGUAGAUUGCUAGGAAAGAAAUACCACAUAGCACUUGACUGAAAGCUAGUAGCAAAUUUCAUUUUUGCAUUUUGAAUAUUAGCAUGUAGCCUGUGUUUACACAAACCUCUAGCCACGCCUUUUGUGGUUAAGAACUAUAUGUAAAGUUUUUUUUUUUUUUUUUUUUUUUUUCUUACUCUAAAAGCCAUUAAUCAAACAAACAGAAAGGCAUUAUCUGCUGAAACUACAGUUAGACGUUUGGGCAUCUUGUCUUUAUUACGACUGAAAUGAAUUCAUCCGUAAUAAAGGUCUGUCUUUCAGCACCAUGGAAAAUACCAGUAAAAAUUUAAUUAAGCACAAACGCAAAGAAGUUUGUUGUAAACAGAAAUAGAGGUCCACAGACAGGAAUUUACAAUGCCUUACAAACGUAAUCACACAUGUGCAAAUGUGCAAUGUGCAAGACGCUGUAUAAGCAUAUAUCUGGGUCAACCGCACUUUACUCUUUGCUGCGGAGACUUUUAUUUGUUUCCCUUGUGUUUCUUUUGUCUGGAACACAAAAGGACCAAUUAAUCAGUAGCUCAAUCAAUCAUGCAAUAACAUCACUUUUGAAGAAGAGAAAUCAAGGGAAUGUUUUGUAACCUUCACCUCACACUGACAUCUAAUGCCAAAUCACUGAUCUCAGUGGAAGAUCAAACAAGCAUGUGCCAAAAAAGUAAAUAAAGGAAACACGCUUGACAUGAAUAUCUUCUGCCACCUGGUGGACGAUAUUAAAAAAAAAAGUAAACUUUCUACAUGUAGGACAAAAUAUUUGUCAAGUGUUUCAUAAUGUUUCACAGGAUUCACACUUGCUGCUAUAUAAGUCACUAAAACACCCCUUUAAUAAACAGUGGUUUUCAGUUCCCUAUAGGGCUAAUGCAUGUCACUUAGGAUACAACGUACAAACUGUCAUGUCCGAUUUCAGCAGAAGUUUGGUCUGAAAGUGUUCUGACGCCUGUCGUUUCAUGUUAUUAGAUUUUAGCAGAUGUAAAUAAAAAAAAAAGUCACUUUACACCAACGAUAUGCUUAAUUCUAACGUGUGUAUGUACUUUCCAUUUUGUUUAAUGCAUUGUUUCACACUGGACGUAUAUCUGGAAUGCAUUUGAUAACAUUGCAAUUAUGAGCUGAUUGCGACAUGUCUUGGCAAAAAAAAUGCUGCUAAUAUACUCUGCCCAUGUCUUUGUAUGAAAUAAUACCUGCCCGUAUGUUUCCCUCCUAGGAGGGACUAUAUGCAUGAUAUUGGAGUUUGUUUUUACUUGGAAGAAGUGACAUCGAACAUGUCACUUGUCAAGGUUUGAAACCAGAAACGACUUUGCAAAAACCUUCAUGACAAAUUAAAGAAGGCCUGUUUCUGUAUUACUUGCUAGGGAUUAUUUUGACUGAUAAGAUAUGAGGAUUUUUUAUCCUCAUAUCUUAGCAUGUAGCCUGUGUUUACACAGGCUACAUCCUCAAUCAAAAAUCCAAACUUUUUGGAUUUUUGAUUUAAAGAUAUAUCUUUAUGAUGUCAGGUGGUAUGAAGGUGUUUGUGGAGCCACAAAUUUCCAAAUGAAGAAAUGACUUUCAUUUUAAAGCUAAAGCUUCUCAAAGUCGCCUACAUUUAUUCUGUUGUACCGGCAUGACAUUCUGCAUGCACUGCCUUUAUAAACUUUGCACAGUAAGCUAUGAGCCUUCACAGAAGUUAAGUUAAAAGGGAACUCUAAUAUACCUUUAAAGAUAUGAAUAGAAUGUAUAUUUAUGGAAUAUUAUUGUAAUGCACAUUACUGCUUACCGGAUUGGUUAGUUUUUACUCUUAAUAAAAAAAAUAAAAAA